AUGGCUUCCACAGUCGGCAAGACAAUCACCUGCAAGGCUGCCAUUGCCUGGGAGGCUGGCAAGGAGCUGAGCAUCGAGGACGUCGAGGUCGCUCCGCCCAGAGCCCACGAGGUCCGUAUUGAGAUCUACUACACGGGUGUGUGCCAUACAGACGCAUACACCCUGUCCGGCAAGGAUCCCGAGGGUGCUUUCCCCAUCAUCCUGGGACACGAGGGCGCUGGUGUCGUCGAGUCUGUCGGCGAGGGCGUCACCAACGUCAAGCCCGGCGACCACGUCGUGGCGCUCUACACCCCCGAGUGCGGCGAGUGCAAGUUCUGCAAGUCUGGAAAGACCAACCUGUGCGGCAAGAUCCGCGCUACCCAGGGCAAGGGCGUGAUGCCCGACGGCACCUCGCGCUUCAAAGCCCGUGGCAAGGACAUCCUGCACUUCAUGGGCACGUCCACCUUUUCCCAGUACACCGUCGUUGCCGACAUCUCCGUCGUCGCCAUCCAGGACAACGCUCCCUUUGACCGCGCCUGCCUGCUGGGCUGCGGUAUCACCACCGGCUACGGCGCUGCUCGCGUCACCGCCAAGGUCGAGGAGGGCAGCAGCGUCGCAGUCUUCGGCGCUGGCUGUGUCGGCCUGUCGGUCGUGCAGGGUGCUGUCGCACAAAAGGCCGGCAAGAUCAUUGUCGUCGACGUCAACCCGACCAAGGAGGAGUGGGCCAACAAGUUUGGCGCCACGGAAUUCGUCAACCCGACCAAGCUGCCCGAGGGCACCACCAUUGUCGACAAGCUGAUUGAGCUGACCGACGGCGGUUGCGACUACACCUUUGACUGCACGGGCAACGUGCAGGUCAUGCGUGCGGCCCUCGAGGCGUCGCACAAGGGCUGGGGCCAGAGCAUCAUCAUCGGCGUGGCGGCGGCGGGCCAGGAGAUUAGCACGCGUCCCUUCCAGCUGGUGACGGGCCGUGUGUGGAAGGGCUGCGCGUUUGGCGGCAUCAAGGGCCGCUCCCAGCUGCCGGGCUUGGUGGGCGACUACCUCGAGGGCCGCCUCAAGGUCGACGAGUUCAUCACGCACCGCAAGACGCUGGGCGAGAUCAACCCGGCCUUUGACGUCAUGAAGGCUGGCGACUGCAUCCGCGCUGUUGUCGACAUGCGGAAGCUGUAG